AUGGGCAUCGCACUGCUGAGUCUACCAACCGAAGUCCUUAUCGGUAUCAUACAGCAUGCAGAUAGUGCAUGUAAAAGAACACUUCUCGAUCUUCGUCUAGUCAGCAAGACUGUAGAGCAACUUUGCCAUGACAGUUUUCUCCGCCAUCUGGAACUCCUCCGCAUAGAUCCAUCACAAAAGGACAACCUUACGCGAUUGCUGGAAAUCAUAUCGAGUCCCGCACACGCACAUGCAGUCAAAUCUGUGACCUUCGACUUUGUACGAGACUGGCGAAAUGUAUGGCCAGUGACGACGUUGGUGCAACAGCUUUUCGAUAAGCUGAGCACGUUUAAUGUUUCUCUGGAGCUGAAUUUUAGUCCUUAUGGCAGCAACGAAUGGAUCUCGGAACCGUGUAUCGUUCACUAUAUCCUUGGGAUCGUGGAACAGGUCUUCAAAUCACGGAUGUUGAUAAAGAGGCUUGUUGUUAGAGCAAAAGACUGGGAUCCAGAUUUUCAGCUCGACAAAAUGUUAUGCAGACUCGAUGGUCUGAUCAAUGUCCAGGAGAAGGAGACAGAAGUACUUACAGUGCAGUCUCUUGUUGUGGCAUUCAAACACGGCGAGACUAUCUUUGACCGACAGCGCCAAUGUCUUCAAUUUUCUCAGAUCACAGCUCACGACCUCCACGGCAUAGGUCAAUGGAUCCAAGAAAAGCAUCCGGCUGAGAUAUAUCUGACAAACUGCCAAUUCUUUGUCGAACAGCUAGACGGAGUUUUGUUAUCUGCCAGACCACCGUCCAAUCCUCUAUCAUGCAUCUCGGUCACAAACUCUCGAUUGAUGCAUUUGACUUCCUUCUUCGGAGGAAGCCAAGCAGCCACGCCACUAUAUAAACUGCUGUCGCGAAUCUCACAGCAUGCGGACAGUCUAACCUACUUGCGUUUGGAAGACAUACGGGUCGAGACCCCAAAUCCCAGAACCCUCAGCUUUGUGAGCGGAAACAAGGUUCAGAUGACCAGCGAUGGCAAUAUUCGGGAAACGCUCGCGAGUCUCAUGCUGCAGCAUCGAGUUGACGAAGACCAACUGGAAACUGAGAGCGAAGACAUUGAAGAGGAUGGGGAAGAUGAUGAGGUUGAGAACGGCGAGUAG